AUGAAGUCCUGCAAGCCCAGCAACCCCGCGGCGGGAGCGCGCGCCGAGUCCGCGUGCGCAGGCGGCGCGGAGUGCGCGGGUGCGUGCGCCGGGACUGGGCGGCUGGAGAGCGCGGCGCGCAGGCGCCUGGCGGCUAACGCGCGCGAGCGCCGGCGAAUGCAGGGGCUCAACACCGCGUUCGACCGCCUGCGUAGGGUGGUCCCCCAGUGGGGCCAGGAUAAAAAGCUGUCCAAGUAUGAGACCCUGCAGAUGGCACUGAGCUACAUCAUGGCGCUGACCCGUAUCCUGGCCGAGGCCGAGCGAUUCGGCUCGGAGCGGGACUGGGUCAGUCUCCAUUGUGAGCACUUUGGCCGCGACCACUACCUUCCGUUUGCGAGCGCGAAGCUGCCUGGUGAGAGCGAGCCCUACGGCCAGAGGCUCUUCGGCUUCCAGCCGGAGCCCUUCCAGAUGGCCAGUUAGGGCGCGCCCCCUGCCAGGGGGAGAUGCCCAGUGAUCGAGUUCCGGAGCCGUAGCCCUUUCCCCAGGAGGUGGCCAAGGAUGCGUUCUUAGAUUAAAACAGCAAACCUUCAGGUCACUUUUAUUCGCGUCACCGGUUUUAUGGACACGAUUUUAUUGCCUUUCUCUUCCUCCUUAUCAGUAUUUUGUAGACUACAUUAAUGGAACUUGUGAAUGGUUUUGAUUCCUGUGAAAAUAAUGCCCCCUCUCCCUUUUGAGGGACGACUUUAAGGGAAAACAAUCUUAAGGAAAAAUAGGAUUAGGCUAUACUGCAGUUUUAGUCCUCAGAGAAACAAUCACUUUCUUAAACUUUGUAAGUUUGACCUGUUCGGGUGAAGUUACAGUAUUCAUUACGUGUGUAUGCUUAAAACAGCUACCUACCCGUCGUGUAAAUAUACAUUUAUGCUUACUGCAUUGUGUGUGUAUGCAUGAAGUAGUCAUACUUU